AUGGGUUGUGUCAAUUCCAAGAAAGGGGUUGCCGGAGCUUCUUCUUCUUCGCCGGUGGAACCGCAUGUUGUGCAUUCGAGUUCACGAAAACGGAGCAAUGGUGGUUCUAAACGCAACAUUGUUGUGGAGUCAAGCUUGGCUGUGUCUUCCUCAUCGAAAGGCCAUUCUGGGGUGGUGGUUUUGGAGACCCAACAACAACAACGACAAGGAGAGAAAAAUCAGAAACCAGAGGAAUGGAAGAAGGGAAGCUUGAGAGGGGGAAUAAAUGGGUCAUUGAGCAUGAAACUUGGAAGUCAUAGGUUUGUGGAAGCAGAACAGAAAGCAGCUGGUUGGCCACCAUGGCUCACUUCUGUUGCAGGUGAAGCCAUUGAUGGAUGGGUUCCUCUCAAAACUGAUUCUUUUGAGAAAUUAGAUAAGAUUGGACAAGGUACAUAUAGCAGUGUGUUCCAAGCACGUGAAGUUGAAACUGGGAGGAUGGUUGCCUUGAAGAAGGUGCGCUUUGACAAUCUUCAAGCCGAGAGCAUUAGGUUCAUGGCGAGAGAAAUAAUAAUUCUCCGCACACUUGACCACCCAAACAUCAUGAAAUUGGAGGGUAUAAUUACUUCACAACUAUCAAAUACCAUAUAUCUUGUAUUUGAAUACAUGGAACAUGAUCUUGCUGGCCUAGUAUCUUCUCCAGACAUCAAGUUCACUGAGUCACAGAUUAAGUGUUACAUGCGACAGCUAUUAAGUGGACUUGAGCAUUGUCACCUUCGAGGUAUUAUGCAUCGAGACAUUAAAGUAUCCAAUAUAUUAGUGAACAAUGAAGGUAUUCUCAAGAUAGCAGAUUUUGGAUUAGCAAAUAACAUUUGCCCAAAUAGCAAGCAACCUUUAACAAGUCGUGUGGUGACUCUAUGGUAUCGCCCUCCUGAGCUCUUGAUGGGAUCAACAAAUUAUGGAGUUUCAGUGGAUCUGUGGAGUAUGGGCUGUGUAUUUGCUGAACUUUUUCUUGGGAAGCCUAUCCUUAAGGGAAGAACUGAGGUUGAACAAUUACACAAGAUUUUUAAGCUUUGCGGGUCUCCACCUGAGGAGUUCUGGAGAAAGUGUAAGCUUCCUCUUGCAACAAUGUUUAAGCCUCAGAUUUACUAUGAAAGCUCUCUUCGAGAGAGGUGUAAAGGUUUUCCCUUAACUGCUGUAAACCUACUUGAGACUUUACUGUCCAUUGACUCCAACAAGCGCGGUACUGCCUCCUCUGCACUAAUGUCUGAGUAUUUCAACACCAAGCCUUAUGCUUGUAAUCCAUCAAUCCUGCCAAAGUAUCCACCAAGCAAAGAAAUGGAUGCUAGAAAUCGGGAUGAUGUGCGCAGGAAAAAGAAUGGAGGUAAAGAGCGAGAGGCUGUAACAUCAAGAAGGCAAAAACAAGUCCAUAAAGUUUUGCAGGACCCUAACAGUUUCAGUAAACCAGCUUUGAAAGAGGAAAUGCAGAAUAUUUCUCAAAAUACUGUUAGAGAUGAUGGUAAAGCACAUAUUGCAAAGGUUAAAGUAGGAGCUAGACACAAAGAGCAGCUACAGCCUUCACAUCAUGCAAAAUCAGAGACUGCUCAAAUGAUGAAUGGUUGUAAUGGCUAUAGUGUAUACUCAGGACCAGCACCUGUCUCAGGAUCUAGUGGUUUUACUUGGGCAAAAAUGAGAAAACAAGAUUCUUCUUCUGCAUUAUCAGAUGGAUCAAGAAGCAAAAUCAGUGCACUGGAUCCAUCCUUUGCAAAAGGCACCUAUGAUUUAACAAAACAAGGGAUAGAAGUUUCAGAAAGAAAACACAAUUACAAUGCAUACCAUUCAAAUCAUUACCUGGAAUUUGAUCCCACAGAAAAAACGGAUGCUCUGAUAAAUGCUCAGUUCAUUGAUGUUUACACUGGGGCUACAGAAUACAUGGUGAGUCUGUGGAUAAAAAUGAUGAAUUGUCGCAUUGGAAUGAAAGUAUGCGGCGAUAUGUUCAUAAAUCAAGGUUUGGAAGAGGUAAAGAAACUAUUUUUUAUCUAUGGUGAUGUUUACACCUACAAAAUUUAG